AUGGUCUCCGCAUCCAAAGCCGCCCGCGACGCCAAGCGCGCCGCCGCCGGCAAGGAAAAGAAGACUCCUGCCUCCAAGGUCUCCUCUAAGGCCGCAUCCAAGAAUGCGUCAAAGGCCAACUCAGUCGACGGAGACGAGGCUCAGGACCUAGAGCUGAAUGAGGAGGUACAGAAUCUCACUUCGCAGACAGACAAGCUCGGUAUCUCAGACCGUGUUACUACCGGUGUGCUGGCGUCCCUCGAGGCAUCGCGAGACGUCAAGAUCACUUCCGCCUCGCUCGUGUUCCACGGCCGCGUCCUUUUCAACGACACAACCCUCGAGGUCAACUACGGCCGCCGCUACGGUCUCCUAGGUGAGAACGGGUGCGGAAAGUCGACCUUACUCAAAGCUAUCGACUGCCGCGAGUUCCCUUUCCCGGAGCACAUCGACAUCUACUUGCUGGACAAGGGUGCGCCAGCUACUGAGCUGGGUGCGCUAGACUGGGUUGUGCGCGAGGCCGAAAAUGAGCUUGCCCGCCUAGAGAAGCUCGCCGAGGAGAUCUUAGAGAAGGAUGGCCCGGACAGCCCUGUGCUCGAGGAGAUCUACGAGAAACAAGAAGAGAUGGACCCCUCUACUUUCCACGUCCGCGCUGGUAUCAUCUUGACUGGUCUCGGUUUCAACAAGAAAACUAUCCAGAAGAAGACCAAGGACAUGUCCGGUGGCUGGAAGAUGAGAGUUGCCCUCGCCAAGGCCCUUUUCGUCAAGCCCUCGCUUCUCUUGCUCGAUGACCCGACUGCCCAUUUGGACUUGGAGGCCUGUGUGUGGUUGGAGGAGUACAUGAAGAAGUGGGACCGUACCCUCAUCCUCGUUUCGCACUCCAUGGACUUCUUGAACGGUGUCUGCACCAAUAUGAUCGAUAUGCGUCAGAAGCAGCUCUUGUACUAUGGCGGUAACUACGACACAUACAUCAAGACGCGUACUGAGCAGGAAGUCAACCAGACCAAGGCAUAUGAGAAGCAGCAGGAUGAGAUCAAGCACAUCAAGAAGUUCAUCGCUUCCGCGGGUACUUAUGCCAACUUGGUCCGACAAGCCAAGUCUAGGCAGAAGAUCCUCGAUAAGAUGGAGGCGGACGGCUUCAUCCAGCCUGUCAUUGCUGACCGAGUCUUCACCUUCCGCUUCGCUGAAGUUGAGAAGCUUCCUCCUCCUGUGCUUUCGCUCGACGACGUAACCUUUUCGUAUUCUGGCAAGGCCGAAGAUAACCUGUACGAGCACCUUGACUUUGGUGUCGACAUGGACUCCCGAACAGCUCUUGUCGGACCCAACGGUGUCGGAAAGUCCACUCUCCUCAAGAUUUUCACAGGAGCGCUGUCACCAACUGGGGGUGUUGUUUCCCGACACACUCACUUGAAGCUAGGUGUGUACAGCCAGCACUCAGCUGAACAGCUCGAUCUCACGAAGUCGGCUCUUGACUUCGUCCGCGACAAGUUCUCCCACAUUUCCCAGGAUUACCAAUACUGGCGGCAACAGCUUGGCCGCUACGGCAUGACUGGUGAAGGCCAAACGGCCAAGAUGGCCACGCUUUCCGAAGGCCAAAAGAGCCGUAUCGUUUUCGCGCUGCUGGCCAUUGAAAGUCCCAACAUGAUCUUGCUUGACGAGCCUACCAACGGACUGGACAUCCCUACGAUUGACAGUCUGGCGGACGCAAUCAACGUUUUCAGUGGUGGUGUCGUCGUCGUGUCCCACGACUUCCGAUUGCUUGACAAGAUCGCCAAGGACAUCAUGGUGUGCGAACACAAGACGGUGCGCAAGUGGGACGGCAGUAUUGCCGAAUACAAGAAGCACCUCCAGAAGAAGAUGAUCAAGGAUGGUAUCCUCAAGUGA